AUUGGUUGCGAAGCAUUACAAACGGUUGGACGUGCUUUUGCUGCGUCUGCGCGGAUCGCUCAAUUUUUAAGCAUUUUUUUGAGAAAUCUUUUAUUCAAAUGCCUUUUCGGCAAGUUUAAACCAAGAAAACACAUUCAUUUUGGUCAUUUCAAUUUCCUUUGGUGAAUGGCGUUAUUCGAUGGUCAAUUGAAUUGCUAAGAAAGUGUGAAUGAGUGUCUCAAUCUCUGGAAGUUGAUUUUUGGCGCGCAAAACGUUUUUUUUUUCCUCAAAACACUUCGUAUCAUUCUGUUAAAGAGCCUUAUACCCCAUUGACUCCGAACCAGAUGAUGUCGUCAAAUAUCUCAAGUGUGUUUACAUUAUCUCAGAUAGGCUGAAAUUUAUGUUGCGGAUAAUUUAAAAUAAUCGCAGUUUUUUCUCCAUAUUUUUUGUUCUCACGACAAACAAAAAAGCAUUGACCUUUCAACUGCACAACAAUAAAUUAAUUACAAAAGUGUGCAUAAAGAGAGAAAUUUAAAAAUAUCUUAAAGGCAUUUAAUCAGUUAAUUGUGAGAAAGAUUGAGACGUUGUAUUCGUGACAUAAAUCGUUGGUUUCCUAUUUAUCUCGCCCCAUGCAAAUAAAUGCUUGCGGGGUGACCUUUAAACUUGAGUUUGUUUUGACUGAAAGUGAAUAAAUACUAUUGGAUAUUUUUUUGUGCUUCAGCUUCAGUGUGUUCACGCAGAGGAUUAAGAAAGGUGUACAAGACACUCUAAUCCCCGACAUAUAAAUGGACGAAUAAAAAAUAGUCAUUUUCUAUUUCUUCAAAUGACCAACAAAGGCCAAUCAAAAUUUCUUUGAGAAAGCUCUAUGAACAAUAUUUUUUUGCCGCAUUAUCCCAUAUAAUUUGUUUUGUGUUACUCUGAACACAUUGGUUUUCAACAUAGUUCCAUCAAUUUUGAGUUUUGAAUACAGUGAAAAUUGUUCAUGGUGAAUAUUGCCCAAUUCAUCCAAUCUAACGUACAAUUGUUGCAUAAAGUUGAAUGAUUGUGUGAAUUGUGAUUAUGUACAUGUGACAAAGAGGAAUAACUGUACAAUCAUUGGACUGAAAAUCUUAAUGCUAUAUGACAUAUGCAUUGGUUCAUGGAUUAGCAGCAGAGUGAUAAUAUCAGAAUGGCUUUUUUGGCGGCAUUUGUUGUCUUCAUGACACUAUCUUCAUCACUAGUGGUAUUAUGUGAGAAGGAACAUGACUUUAGAUUCAUCGCUUAUCAAGAUUUACUGCCGACAUCAAAUCGCUUCACUGAUGGAAAUAUCACAUCAUUUUCGCGUUUACUCUUCGAUGUCGCCAGAGAUCAAGUGAUUGUUGGAGCCAGGGACACCUUGUACCGUCUCUCCUUUGGCCUGGAAAUCCGAGAAAGGAUGCCUUGGGAAGCUUCCACAUCGAUCCAGGAGACAUGCCAGAACAAAGGUCAAAGUGAAAUUGACUGCCACAACUACAUAAUGGUGCUGCAAAACUAUGGUAAUCGUCUGUAUGCAUGUGGAACAUAUGGCUUCAGUCCCUUCUGUUCGUGGCGUCAGAUGGAGAAUCUGACAGUGUUGAAUUAUGACAAAGGUGUGGGAAAAUGUCCCUUUAAUCCUCACACCAAUAUAACAGCCCUGAUGACCGACAAUGGUCAGAUAUUUGUGGGUACACCCACGGACUUCUCUGGCUCAGAUCCAGCAAUUUUGCGGGCAGACGUUGCUCAAGACAACUCUCGGAUGCUGAGGACAAAUCAGUACAAUUCCAAGUGGCUCAAUGACCCUCAGUUUGUGGGGAGCUUUGAGGCUGGGGAGUUUGUCUACUUCAUCUUCCGUGAAACUGCGGUUGAGUAUAUUAAUUGUGGAAAAGUGGUUUAUUCUCGCAUAGCUAGGGUGUGCAAGAAUGAUCCUGGAGGAAGUCACAUACUGAAAGACAAUUGGAUAUCAUUUCUCAAAGCUAGAUUAAAUUGCUCUCUCCCUGGGGAGUAUCCUUUCUACUUCAAUGAAGUCCAGGGUGUGUCAUAUUCACAUGAAGAAGGAGUGCUCUAUGCCACUUUCACCACACCAAUAAACAGCAUUCAUGGGUCGGCAAUUUGCGCAUUUAACAUGUCAGCCAUCCAUGCUGCCUUCUCUGGUCCAUUCAAGGUGCAAGAGUCCGUGGGAGCAGCCUGGGAGCGUCAAGACUCCCCGCAUAGAGAUCACUAUGAGUGCAAAAUGGGCCGCGGAAGAACAGCUCAGAGGCAUCAGCUUCUCGAUUCUUCACGCUAUCAGUUGAUGGAUCAAGCUGUCCAAGCCACAACACUCCACCCCCUACACUAUUCGCGUCUCGAGCGCUUCUCUCACAUUGCACUGGAUAGCAUUUCCACGAAAUUGCAUGAGAGUGUGCGGAUAAUCUAUGUGGCCACUGAGGAGGGUCUGGUCAAGAAGAUUUCAGUACUGCCACGGACAAAGGAGACGUGUAUUGUGGAGAUUUGGCGGCCAGAAAUUAGUUCCAGUGUCCGUAUUCGCACAAUUCAGUUUCUCAAAGAGACAGAAUCCCUCUACAUCGGCACUGAAAAGUCCCUCAUAAAGAUUUCUGCCUACCACUGCAAUCGUCAUGUCUCCAAAGCCAGCUGCCUCAAUGCCAUGGAUCCGUACUGUGGAUGGAAUGAGAUGCUAGAGAUGUGCACAGGUCCACCGAGUGGAGACACUCUGGCGAGAUAUUGGGUGCAAAAUGCUACAGAAUGUCCUGUUCUAACAGCUCCCGUCGAUGGGAGUUGGUCAGCUUGGUCAGAAUGGACCAAGUGUGCUCAAUCAGCAGGUGGUCUAAUAUCCGAACACACCUCAAACACUGAUACAUGCCUCUGUCGCAGCCGGUCCUGUGACAAUCCAGCUCCCAAGAAUGGUGGCCAGAAGUGCACGGGUAUGUCCAUCGAAGUUACCAACUGCACGGUUCAUGGUGGCUGGACCGAAUGGAGCCCCUACUCCCAAUGUUCCCAAUCAUGUGGCGUGGCUGUGAAGACACGUAGACGCACGUGCUCGAAUCCCAAACCGGCCCAUGGAGGUCGUGUAUGUGUCGGACCCGAUCGAUCUGAGAUCUACUGCACGAUGCUGCCUCCGUGUCCAGCACCCAAGCAACCUGCUGUCGACGGAGGCUGGGGACCUUGGGGUGCCUUCGGGGACUGCAGUUCUCCAUGUGGAGGUGGUUUUAGGAUCCGUCGUAGAAAAUGCGACAAUCCAACACCGCAAAAUGGUGGUAUAGAUUGUCCCGGAUGCAGCAUUGACUAUGAGAUUUGCAACAGUCAACCUUGUGCUGAAGUUAAGCGCCUCAGUUCGUGGACACCAUGGCUGAUGGAGUUGAAUGGCACAACAGGUGAUGGUGGCCACACAGAACGCCGGUUUCGCUAUCUGUGUAAAGCCUCAGUUGCCGAUUCUUCAACGCUGCGUAUUGCUCUGGCCAAGGAGGAGACGCGAAUUUGCCAGCCAGAUGGAACAUGUCAGAGGAGUGGUGACAAUUCGGAUGCUGGAUGGGGUGAAUGGGGUCCUUGGGGACCAUGCAGUGUCUCAUGCGGUGGGGGUCAGCAGAUCCGGACACGUCAGUGUGACCGGGGUAAUGGAGAGUGUGAGGGCACGGGCAAGAUGGCAAGGGCAUGUGGCACUCAACCAUGCAAAGGUCAAUGGGGAUGCUGGGGCGACUGGACACCAUGCUCAGUCUCAUGUGGCAUUGGCAAGCGUACUCGUACACGUCAAUGCCUCUCAUCCACAGAUUCUAGUGAUGGAAGUGACUGCGAUGGAUCGGGCAUUCAGCACGAAAUUUGUGAAAUGCCAAGCUGCGAUACCUUCCUGGGAUGGAGUCAGUGGAGUGCCUGGAGUGAAUGCAAUGGCGAUGGUGAGAGAAUUCGAACACGGAAGUGCCUCACCACAAAUCCCACGCCAAAAGAGUGUCAGGGUGAAGAAAGAGACAUCCGUCCAUGUGCACCACCUGCUGCUGCCAAUACGGACACAGCUUCCAUUGCCAUGGUCAAUUUCUUCCUCAUCCUCAGUAUCACUGCUGUAUGUUGCUGUUUAAUAACGUACGGCGUCACGAGGACCAUAAUCACAAGGAGACAACCACUGGGUAUAAAGAACAUCCCUGGAUCACCCUGCUAUGACACUUAUCCCAAUCAAUAUUCAAGUCUCCCCACGAAGGAUUAUCCCGAGCCAAGGCAUAAGCCCAAGAGACAAUCAUCAUUUAAUACCCAUGGUUCGAGCAGUUCCAAGAACAUCCCCAAUGGCCAUGGGACACUGACAAAGUCCAACAACAUGAUGGGCAAUCAUACUCCCAAAGUUCUCUCAAAGUCAUUCGAUCAGGAAACGGCUACAAUUAAGAGAAAUUCCCACUCACUCAAUAACGUCCGACCACCACCACGAUCCAUAAACGAUGAGGAGAAGUUCUAAAUCAAUUGACUGUCUAUUUCCUCCUAGUAAGUCCAUAGGAAAUCACAUUGAACAUAAAACAUUGCAUUGACGCAUGAGAAAAGUACAAAUUUAUUGCAUCAUCGAAACGAGCAUUUAUCGGUCAAAUGAAAUCAUUCCUCUAUUUUAUAAAAUUAGGUGAAAAAAAUCAAAAUCACUGCAAUAAUGAAAGGAAAGCAAAUAUUGCUUCGAUAGGAUAUAAUUUAAGAAAAAAUCUAGAUUUAAAGAAAAAAUUCCAACUUCUCACUGUAAAAACAUUUACAGAAAAAAAACACUCCGUCUUUUGUAACAAUAAUUACAAUUUUCACAUGUGAAUAAGUGCCAAAUUAAUUUUUUACACAACUCACGAGACAAAUAAUCAGCCUGUAAAUACCCAUAAGUUUGGCUUUAAUAUUAAAAUUCGUGACUUAAACAUUUCUAUCAGUUAACAAUUUACUGCCAAGCCAGUUAUUGAUGAACUAUUUCAAAUCGAUUAACACUAGAAUGUUAAAAUGUGAUGUUAGUUGUACACAUGAGAAAUUUCAGAAUUUUACUAAAUGUGCAUUUUCCUAGGCUAAAAAAAAAUAAAGUCUGAUUUGUAAUGAAUAGUUAAUUGUUAGGUUGCUAAAUCCUUAUUUUGUAAAAUUCUCCCACAAGCUUCGAUUUACAAAAUAACCAAAAAAACAACAGCAUUGCUUAACGUUAAAAAGAAAUAUUACUUGAGAAGUUUAUUAAAACGUGCCAUUUAGCAAGAGAUAGAAAAUACAUUAUAGUAAUAGAAUCAAUUUUUGAAUGAUUGUUAAUCUAAGAUUUCCUUAUUAAUUCAUUGUAACAUGAAACCGUAGCUCAUAUUGAGUAUAUCUUUUAUUAAUUCCUUUUAUAGCAAUUAAAUGAUAAAACUAGUAGGGUUAAAGUUUUCGAAUAUAAAACGUGAAGGAUAUUUUGCUAUCUAACAAAAUAAAAACCCAAAAUUGCAAUAAUUGUUUAUAGUUUAUAAAAUAAAUAAUUCUAAGAAAUAGUAAAUAAUUUUGUAGACACUGUAAAUCAAAAACAAAAACCUUAAGACCUUUUUAAUAAAUGAUUUUCAUAAUAAAAUAAA